AUCGCUCGGAAUGUAAAGCGCGAGGAGGGCCAGCGAGCGGCCUCUCUCUCCCUCUCCCUCCUGCAACAGCUGGACGACCGGCGGGACGCAAAGGGGCCGGCAGAGAGGAUCGGCCCCGCGCAGUCCCCGCGUAACCCUUGGCAGCUGAGAAUGCCAAGGAACCUAAGCCUUGACGAGCAGUAUUCUCAGGCCUGCAAAGAACUGGCACAGCCGGAGAAUCCAUAUAUAGCCCAUGUUCUUCGAGAAGUGAAACAGGAUGAUGACGCGUUGGCCCAAAAAAUCACUAUAAAAAUUGCUGGAAAUAACCGCUUGGUACCUGUGCAGAAGGUGACAGAUGCUGAUUUUCAGAUCAUUGCUGUCAUCUUUACAAACAAUGCAUUUCUUACAGGACUGGACCUGAGAUACAACCUAUUAACUGAUGCAGGUGCGGUACACAUUGCAGCAUUCCUACAGGAUAAUCACAGCUUGCUUUACCUCAACCUGAUGUUCAAUGACAUUGGUACCAUUGGGGCCGAAUUCAUUGCGAAAGCACUUCACAGGAAUGAAACUCUCCUUCAUCUGAGAAUGACUGGCAACAAGAUCGACAACAAGGGAGGAAUGUAUUUUGCAGCCAUGAUCCAGAUUAACAACACAAUACAGAAGCUAGAUUUUGCAGACUGUGACCUAGGCACACAGAGCCUUAUAGCAUUAGCUACAGUAUUAAAUCACAAUGAAUCAAUCAAAGCCAUAAAUUUGAACAGGCCAAUACUGUACAGUGAAGAGGAAGAGACCACAGUCCACACAGCCCUCAUGUUGAAAGCUAACAGGACCCUUGUUGAAUUGCAUUUAUGCAAACAUGAAAUGAAGAAUUUUGGUGUUGAACGUCUGUGUGAGGCAUUAUAUGGAAACAUCACCCUUCGAUAUCUUGAUCUCAGCUGCAACAAAAUUACUCGAGAUGGUGUAAGAUUUUUGGGAGAGAUGUUGAAACAGAACAAUACCUUAGAAAUCCUGGAUCUUAAUUUUAACAGAAUAGAAGAUGAUGGCGCUUUCUAUCUGAGUGAGGCACUAACUACGCAUAACCGGACCCUUCAAGCGUUAGCCGUGACAAAUGACAGUAUUACUGGGAAAGGGUUGGUUGCCCUUGCAGAGGCCAUGAAAACAAACCCAGUUCUUUCCUAUAUCUACAUCUGGGGGAACAAAUUUGAUGAAGCCACCUGUGUGGCCUUUGCUGAGUUACUUCAGAGUGGACGCCUGAAGCCAACUUGCACAGAUGUUGAACCAUAUGAAGUCGAUGGGCACACAUACCUCGCUGAAGUCUCCCAUGGCCUUAAAAGGCAUUACUACUGGACACCAAGUUAUGGAGAGGCUGAGAGCAAAGAGGCCAAUGCAUCUCUAGCAAUAGCACCUGUCACAACAAACUUGUGAUUGUCACUCUUUGCAUCUUGGGACUUCUAAUCAUUUGUGUGUUGCACUUAAAAUGACUGUAUGCUGUUAAAAUGUUUGAAGUAUAAUCAUAUUUUGUUAAAUCGCUUUGGAAAGCUGGGGUAGAGCUCUAAUCCAGCGACAGUGUAUCAUAAUAUAAAUGUUAUUGAAAGCAGUGGAACUGAGUUUUCUUGUCACUCAUUUGUUCCAUCACUUUCAAUGGGGCCUCAAGAAGGCCACACAUUUAAAAAUGUAUUGGGAGUAUAAUGAGCAAGAUUUAUGAUGAUGACAAAGCUACACUUAAGCAUCUUUUUAAUAGAAUUAAGUCUGUAUAACAAUAAAAUACUUAGUGCUUUUUUUGCAUGUUUCUCUGGAAGUAAACCACACUAACUCAAUAUGACAAACCCUAAUCUAUAAGAAUUCAAUAUGAACUGAAUUCAAAUUGGGUAUGUUUCUUAAUUGCAAUGAUAUACUAUGGCACCCCCGUACCCAAGAGGGUCGGUUCCAAACCCAUCCCAUGGAUGCUGA